AACCAUUUGGAUUGAGGCGGCGAGGACAGGGGUUUAUUUUUAUUUUUUCGUUCGGAGAAUGUUUAUUGGUUUUCUAGGGUUUUGAAUCUUCAGAUAUUCUUCUCUAAGAACAAAACAAUGGGUCCUCUUGUCGGAGCGACCGAACUUUCGAAAGCACUCCUCGAGGCUGGAAAUAAUCUCCUCAAUCCUCAUUCCUCUACUGAUGCGAUUCUCAGUCUUCUCGAUGAAAUCGAGUCUCUCCUCUCCACUGUCGAGCAAGAUCCUAUCACAGCAGUGAAAAAUGCCCUGAUUCCAUCGAUGAAGGCUUUGGUGUCUGCUGAACUCUUAAGAAACCCUGAUUCUGAUGUUAGGGUUUUCGUUGUCUCGUGCUUGACUGAGAUUAUGAGGAUAACUGCACCAGAGGCACCAUAUGACGAUGACCAAAUGAAGGAGAUCUUCGAGGUGACAAUUGAAGCCUUUGGAAAACUAGCUGAUGCUUCCUCUCGCAGUUAUAGGAAGGCCGAGGCCGUGCUUGAUACUGUUUCUAAGGUCAGAUCAUCCUUGGUGAUGUUGGACUUGGAGUGCGAUGACCUUAUUCUAGAGAUGUUUCGGCAGUUCUUGAAAAUCAUAAGCCGGGAUCAUCCAAAAUCGGUGCUUCUUUCAAUGGAAACGAUAAUGAUCACAGUUAUAGAUGAAAGUGAAGAAGUAUCCAUGGAUUUGCUCGACAUUCUCUUGACUAGUGUCAAAAAAGAAAGUCUGGAUGUCUCACCAAUGGCUUCGGAGCUUGUGGAGAAGGUUCUUAGUAGUUGCGCCUGUAAGCUUCAACCGUGCAUCAUGGAAGCUUUGAAGUCCACAGGGACCAGCUUGGACAUGUAUUCUCCAGUAGUUUUUUCAAUAUGCCAGAGCGAAGCUGCCACUACUGAAGCACACAUCGUUGUGAACACCAAAGAAAUUGAGGCAGAUGAAAAGAUAUCUGAAGAAAAAGUAGUUCCAAGUGAUUCGUUGCUGGAAAAAUUGGAUUUGGGACUUUCUCGCAAGGGGAAUAGAUCCAAGAGGACUGCAAGAGCUGGAACUCGUUUAGUUAAUGGAGAUGACAAAGUAGGAAAUGGAAACGAUUUGAAACAACUUUUGAAGCAAGGGCAGUCUGAAAGUACAGAUGCAGAGACCGAAUCAGGGUCUACAAGAAGGAGAGGGCGGAAACCCAAUUCUCUGAUGAAUCCUGAGGAAGGGUAUUCAUUUAAGACGUCGUCAAGCAAGAAGGUUCAUGAAAAAGAGGUUGGGGAUUCAUCACUUGGAAAGCUGGCUGCCAAGAAAGCAUCUUUGCCUAGUAAAGUUGGUCAAACGAAUCAGUCCGUUGUUAUUUCUCUCUCAUCCUCUAGUAAGGCUGGGAAGGGGUCACGUAAACGAAGCCGGAGUAAGAUUGAGGAGAAAAAUCUUGAUGUAGGUUCUUUAACUACACCAAAAUCAAAGAAACAGAAUGUGAAGAAAAGUUAUCCCGAAGAAGAAGAUUUCAUGGAAUCUAACCUUGAAAAACCUGAAGAUAGCAUUAAGACUGCCAAGUCAAGUAAAAAGGAGAGAGCACAGACCGGUUUAGCGAAAACAUCUGCAAAGAAGCCACUUGCAGAAACUAAAAGGGUAAAGACCAGUGAAAAAAAGCUAAUCCACUCAGAUGCUAAGAAAAAGAAUUCAGAAGGUGCAAGCAAGGAUAUGCCUAUUCCCCAAUUAUCAAAGAGCAAGAAGAAGAAUUCUAAUGCAACUACGCCUUUGGCCAAAGAAUCUGAACAAACUCCCAAGAGCAAUUCCAAGAGGAAACGGACAGAUGGAGAGGAAGUGGAGUCCAGUAAGAGUGAGUUUGGUGAAGAAUUGGUUGGUAAGAGAGUUAACGUCUGGUGGCCACUCGACAGGAAGUUUUAUGAAGGCGUCAUAGAGUCCUAUGAUAAACGUAAGAAGACGCAUAAGGUAUCUUAUUCUGAUGGGGAUUCUGAAACGCUUAAUCUGAAAAAAGAACGUUGGGAGAUACUCCAGGAUAAUUCUUCAGCCAGUGAGGAUAAUGAGAUUGAUCUGCCUGAUUCUAUUCCUUUAUCUGACAUACUACGAAGGCAGAAAGCGAAGAAGCGCAAAAAUGUGGUUAUGAAUGUGGAACUGAGCAGUUCUCCAGACGACAGAUCCUCUAUGCUAGCAAUGAAGGACUCUGUAACAAACUCAACUAAGCAAGCGAAAAGAACCAAAGGUGCGGUGAAGGCCGUAAGAAAUGAACCAGAAAACAGAGGAGAGAAAAAUCUUAAAUCCUCAAAAGAGUCGAAUGCUGAACGUGGCAGAACAAAAGGGAGGGCUCAGAAAACGCAGAAGGUGACUCGAGCUAUGCACCAGGAAAGUGAAAAAGAUUGUGAUGAAAAGGAAGAACCUCAAACCAAGGAUGAAGACAGUCUGAAAGUCGUGAAAGAAUCAAAUGCAGAGCCUGAAUGUAAGAGAGAUCACCAAGAACUGCCUGAAGAUCCAAACGCAGAAACCAAAACUGAUGGAGAAGAACUAAAGUCUACAAACAAGCCAAAUGCAGAACCAGAAACUGAUGGUGAAGAACAGGAGGUAGCAAAAGAGCCAAUUGCAGAACCCAAAACUGAUAAAGAAGAGCACAAAGUAGCAAAAGAGCCAACUGCCGAACCCAAAACCUGUGGAGAAAAGCACACGUCAAUGAGAGAGCCAAAUUCAGAACCGAAAGCUGAUGAGGAAGAGCAAAAGUCAGUGAAAGAGCCAAAUGCAGUACAAGAGCGAGAGUUAGCAAAAGACGCAAAAUUGAUUGAGAAAGAGGCUGAAGAUGAUGAUCAGAGAGUAACUAAGGGACUGGAAGAAGUGACCGAUAAGGCAGAAGUGGGUACUAUUCCUGUUUCAGGUUGAUCCAUGACUCAUGAGCAUUAGGUGAUGUUAAUUCAGGAAGAAACAUUGGUUAUUGUGGUUUAGGUAACGUAUGUGUUUAGUGAAGCUGCUUGUUUAGAGAGUCUUCUGGUGUUAUUGUUAGUAGAUUUUUCUGACCUAUGUCUUGUUAUGGAACUAGUUUGAUCUGAUGUCACCUAGCUAGUAACAUAUAUUUUAGAUAUCUUUGAA